AUGAGGGCGGUGCAGGAGGUGGAGGCCAACCUGAGGAGACGGGCCUCACGUGUGGCUCAGGAGGGGGUUCGACUUCACAGGGACCAGGAGCUGAUGGAGGCCACACUACGCAGCCUCCAGAGCGGACUGAUGCUGAACCAGGCCAACUCUAGACAGAGGACCAAGAGACCCGAGGGGGCUGAGACCGUGAGUACAGAGGACCAGGACACCCAGGGGACCAAGACUGUGUGUGACGGGGCUGACCUCCUGCUGGGCUCAGAGAGGAGAGAACUGCAACAGCUGAAGCAAGAGCUGGAGGAGACUCUGAGACACACACGCACACACAUACAGAGUCUGUCGUCCUGCUGCGCUCGGCUCGUGGCCUGUGCCUCAGAACGAGCUCGUGUUCUGGACCUGCUGGCGCCCAGUGUCUGCAGGAGAGUCCCAGGCAGACCUGCUCCCAAGUGGACCAAAGCAGACCCCACCAGCCCCUACACCCCAGAGUGUAAAGAGGCCGCAGAUCGGUCCAGCUCCGCGGUGCUCGAGUCCCAGCACCUGAGGACGAGCAUCAGACAGCAGCUCCACCACGCCCUCCUCAGGCAGAGGGCGGCACAGCAAGCGGUCAACGACGGCCUGCUCAAGAAGGUGGCAGAGACCGUCACCCUGCAGCAAUCCCUGUCGGUGAUGUGUGGAGCCACAAGACAGGCCACGUUCCGCAAGCGGAGAGAGAAGGCCCUGAUCCUGCACAGCCAUGGACGCACCCAGGGUCCAGAGUACAGUGGAGACGUUCUGUCCAGAGAGAGACUGGACCGACCUCUGGUCCAAGUCUAUCACAGACACCCAGGAACCCAACUCCCAGAGGCAGCUCAGCUCAACCAGGGCAGUGUGCUCCUGUCCCGCCUCGCCUCCUCCUGUCAGGCCCAGGAGUCCCGGCUGCAGCGCUCCUGCCACCUCCUGCAGAGCGACCUCCAGAGGAAGAGCUCUGCCGCUGCGGUGGACUCUGCCGUGUUGCGUAUGAGGCGCAGACACCUGGAGCAGCGUUCAGUACCUGUGUCUCUCCUGCAGGAUGCGCUGCAGAGCCAGAAGUGUAUGUGA